AAUAGCUGAUCUAACCCUAAACGUUCGUGUAUGAUACUGAAAGACGAGAAAUCCAGCAUGAUCGACCUGCCUAUGUUGACCGCUCUACAGACCGGCCGAGCCGUGAUCAUCGAUAGCAUGACUGACCGCCAACUGACAGAAACAUACUAUAUGAUACAGGAAGCUGCAAAGAAUUGCGAGGGGUACGGAAUGGACGAAUAUGAAACCGAAAAAGACUUCCGAGGGAAAAUUGAUGGCAGUCACUGCUUUGUAAUCAUGUGUAAAGAAAGAGGUGAAAUGAUUGCCGCAAUUAUUAUUGCAGCUAGCAAAUUCUACCGGGGUCCGUCAGAAGUUGCCGACCCUUUAGCGAUCGUAAGAAGUUCCGAACGUCAACAAAGUCUAGGGGAAUUUACCAUGCGUACAGCCAUCGACUUCUCUCGCAGGCUCGGGUACAUGGGCAUGUACGUGGAUACCUUCACAAAUAAUGUUGCCGCUAGGAAAAUCAUUGAGAAGAUCGAAGGAUUCCGCCAUGUUGGAUUCCUUCCACUCGCGGGACGACUCGGCAAGGAGAGGUGAUCGGUUCUCUUCUCUACUUCAUGGACCUGAACGUGAACCUUGUUAACCAAACGUUAUCUACAUGCAUACGCCUAGCAUGAACAAGUCAAGGCUGAUCACAUGAUCAUUUAGAAUGACAUCCUCGAAACUCCAGGGGUCAUGCUCACUUACGUUCUAUGACUCCUGGAAUAUGUCAUAGCAAAAUUGAAGGCUCAGUGUGGGCUACAUUUGUGGAUGAGACAAGAAAAACUAGUUUGAUCCUUCCAUGUAUAUAAAAAACGACGCAGUCGCUUAACGGUUAUCUUGACUGACUUUGAAGUCGGUUGUCUCUCCUGUAAUCUUCAAAGGGCAUAUGUAAGUUUGGCGAUUGAUCAGGUUUCCAAUCAGACAGCUAGCCGCGUGUAUUUAAUUUUGCUAUUUUGCAGAAAGUAUAAGAGAGCGACCCCCGAAGUAUGUAGGAUAUUAGAAUUAAGACAAAGGUUGUUUUUUGGUCCCCUCCUAAUUUAUAGGGCUUAUUGUAAUACCAAGGUUUUAAGUGUUUAUAUCACCACUCGAUUUAAAAACAAAUAUCCCCAAUAAUGAUUUGGUUCUAUUUUGUUUAAUGCCCCAUUAACGGCUAAGGUCAUUUAAGGAUGUGCCAAAAUUAUGGUGCAUGUGUUAGAUUUUCAAUUUAAACGAAGCGACAAUAUCCAUUAAAAUGUGCGAUUUAACUUCAUCGAUUAAAUAGCAAU